AUGGAUAGACAGGAAUCGAUAUGGACUCGUCGUAACAAUGUUACCAACCUCUCUCUGUCCACGCCGAGUCAGUCCGAUAAUUCCACAACCCCGCGGGACUUCUCGAGUCUAGCACGUCGAAAUGGCACCACUUCAUCCCACGGCCGCUCGAACGCCUUUGGCGCGACGACUCCCGGCGGCACCCUGACCUCUCCUACUAGCGCCGGAGGGGCUAAUCAGUUUGGCCUCGGAUCCGGCGCAUUCGCAUCGUUCGGUUCGGCCAAGACUCCCAAGUCUCAAGGAAAUCCCUUCGAGCAAGCCAUGGGUGCAGUUGGCGCCAAGACCCCCUCCUCCGAGAAGACGGCAAAGGAAGCUAUGCGAUCCACCACCGGCAAACCUUCCAUGGGCUCCAUUUCUGAGACGAGCGCUCAGCAUGCGUCUGCGGCAUCAACACACCCUCUCCGCGACACGUGGGUCUUUUGGUACAGGCCGCCUAUCACUAAGGCCAACGGCUAUAUCGAAUAUGACAAGACGUUACAUGCUAUGAUGUCAGUUAAGACUGUCGAGGAGUUUUGGCUGGCCUAUUCACACUUGAAACGGCCCUCGUCGUUACCUACGGUAUCAGACUACCAUUUCUUCAAGAAGGGUAUCCGUCCAAUAUGGGAAGACGACGAAAACAAGCUCGGCGGAAAGUGGGUACUGCGACUGAAGAAAGGUGUCGCUGAUCGGUACUAUGAAGAUCUUCUGAUGGCCUGCGUUGGCGACCAAUUUGGAGACGAGACCGAUGAGCUCUGCGGUGUUGUACUGAGUAUGCGCAACGGAGAGGACGUGCUGAGUAUUUGGACUCGUAGCACUGGACAGAAAGUCCUCAAGAUCCGUGAGACGAUGCGGCGCGUGCUGAACUGUCCACCCGAAACUCGCAUCGAGUUCAAGAGCCACGACGCUAGUAUGCAGCAGCGUUCUGCUAUUGACGAGAUGCGCCGCGAGAAGGCGGCGCAGAACCACCACAGCGAUAAGCGAACCCAUAACAACAAUAACAAAAAUCGACAGUUACAAGACGAGCAGCAGCGAUCGUAG